GCCGAAACCGAAAGUACUCUACUAGAACUGCUUUAUGUCAUACAUGGUUUAUUAUUUGGUAUUCAACAAUGUAUUGUUCAUAUUCGGGAAAAUAUAACCAUUCCUUGAAUCUGAGUAGUCUAGAGCACAUGCAUAUUCUAGACGAAGUCUGCAUACCAAGUAGAUAUUACUCUUUCGAGUCAUGAUAGGAACGUUACCAAAUGACGUGUCGUUGCGAUAUAUUUUUUGAACGAAUGAAGAUAGGCUUGGAGUAAGUGAACAACUAUAAAUAUCCACCUAACUGUUCAUCUAGAUAUCAUACAUUCGAGUGAUACAGAUCAAUCAACAACUAAAAGAUGUUCAAAGUGGUUAUUGUUGCUGUUGCCUUAUUCGCCUAUGGAGUGAUGGCAGCUCCAGAAGCUAAAGCCAAAGCUGAAGCAAAACCAGGAGUGUUGGCUGCGGCACCACUUGUAGCUGCAGCACCAGCAGUAGCUCCAGCGGUAGUUACCGCCACUAGCUCGCAAUCUUUCAUCAGGAACUACAAUGCCCUUGCAGCUCCUCUAGUCGCAGCUCCUGUUGCAGCAGCUGCGUCAUAUGUCGCAGCUCCAACGGCACCCCUAGUAGCCUCCCCAUACAUCUCGCCAUAUUAUGCACCAUCUUACUAUGCCCAUAUUCCAAGUAACAAGCAAACCGAAACAUCAUACAAAAUGUUCAAAUUGGUCACCAUAGCCAUAGCUUUAUUUGCCUAUGGAGCACUAGCAGCACCGAACCCGGAAGCAAAAGCUGAGGCCAAACCGGGAGUAUUAGCAGCAGCCCCACUAGUAGCAGCUGCGCCUGCAGUAGCUCCAGCAGUUGUUACUGCCCAAAGUUCACAGGCUAUUUUGAGAACAUACAGUGCUCUUGCUGCUCCAUAUGUCGCAGCACCAGCAUCUUAUGUUGCAGCUCCUGCAGCAUCGUACAUAGCUUCUCCUUACUUAUCACCCUAUGCAGCACCAUACUUUUCCGCGCCUUAUUUGAUUUGAUUCAAUAAAGAGUAAUGAAAUGCAAACGUUUUUUAGACUAAUCCAAUCCUCAAUAUUUUCCUAUAAUAUCCAUGA